AAUGAACAGAGACUUGGAGAUGGCUAGAUAAGCUUAUAUGGGCAAGAAUGUUGAGAUGACUAAGCAAGCCCAUAAUUACAAUCCUUCAGAAUAAAUAUAUACUGAUAAUAGAGCAAAUGAGAAUGACCCAUUAUAAAAAUAAGGUAUUUUGAAGUUUUAUAACAUAAUAUAGAUGCUCAUUAAGAGAAACAUUCAACUGGUGGUAAUUAUUUAAGAAGUUCGGUUUUUGGUGGUAUGGAUGGUAUGAUGACGACAUUUUCUGUUGUUACUGCUGUUAUUGGUGUAAAUUAUUUUAUAAAAUAUAGGGAAAUUUUGGAGUACAAGCUGUUUUAGCUUUGGGAGUAGCUAAUAUGAUUGGAGAUGGAUUAUCAAUGGCUUUGGGUGAUUAUUUGUCAACAAAAUCAGAAUAAUAGUUUUUUAAGUAAGAGAGAGAAAGAGAAAAAUGGGAAGUAGAAAAUAAUUUGGAAGGAGAGAAAAAGGAAAUGAUUGACUUGUAUAAAGUAUUUUAAAUAUUUAACCUUAAGAAAAAAGGAAUGGAUUAAGAAGAUGCAGAAAAGAUAAUGAAUAUCAUAAGCAGACAUAAGGAUGCAUUUAUAGACAUAAUGAUGUUGGAAGAAUUAGAAUUGGGAGGUGCAGAAGAAAAUCCAUUUAUGAAUGCAUUAGUAACUUUCAUUUCCUUUAUUUUAUUUGGAUUAGUCCCAAGUAUAUUCUUUCAAAAUUUAUUAUUAUAGUUAUUCCAUUUAUUGUUGCAGCUAUUGCAGGAUUGACUGAUGGCACAACUGAUACGUUGUUUUAUAUAUCUAUUGCAAUGACUGUUUUAUUCUUGAUCAUUUUAGGAAUAAGCAAAUCAUUCUUCUCAUAUGCAACAUGGUGGAGAUGUGCUGCUGAAACUCUUUUUGUUGGAGCUUGUACAGCUAGUUCAAGUUAUUUGAUUGGUAUGGCAUUUGAAGGAAAAGAAAUUGGUUGA